AGGAUUGCCGACUUUGGGGCCUCGUAUCUUCCCUUCAAUGGUUGCGAAUUGUCAGGGUUCUCAGACGUCGGAUGGUACUAUCAACGUAUGUAGUGACAGUCGUCCUCAAGUGUGUUGGUGGAGCCCGUUGGCUCAGUUUUCUUUUUAGUGGCCUACGGAAGCCUCGCUGCAGCAAUAGCUGCAGAUUCCGUUGUACUCAUGCUGACAUACUGGAGGACAUCGAACAUUCACCGAGCGCUGCGGAUGCAAGGCAGAAAGCGCAACCUUGCGUCAAUGGUGUUGAAAGAUGGGACCGUCUACUUUGCUCAAUUGACAUUUCUGAACAUCAUGUCCGCCAUUGGUGUCAAGUUACGGGACGGGAUCGUCGUGCAGUUCGCGCAAGUCCUAGCAUCCAUCGUCUUCUCUAGGUUCAUCCUAGAUUUGCGCAACUUCUACCUGACGGAUUCCGGCGGGGAUACGGGAUAUGCUCCAAGCGAUGCCGCGCUUCAGGGUUCAGGCACAUUCUCCACUGUCGUCUUUUCGCACUGGAGGGUUGUGGGGAACUUCGGGGCAACGGUCGAGGACUGGUUGGGAGACAGUCAUGAAGAGCACCUGAAUACCUCUAGCGUGCAGAACGUACCUCAGUUCUCGGAAGAUCCAUUUUCUGCAGGGUUGUUACAAGCUAUGGAGGUACCUGAAGGACAAGUGACCCCACCUAUCAUAGCGUAAACGAUGUGUACAGAACAAUCUUCCCAGUAGAGUGAUAGCGAAAAGAACUGGAGCCGGAGCAGCAGA